GUUGUGGUGGGUCAAACAUAAAAGAGAUCCAGAGCUCAACAUACACGAAAAUACAGAUAAUAAGAGAGUAUCCUGAAGCAGAAGUAAGAAUCUUUGGCACCAAGGCAAUGCAGAGCAAAGCAAAAACAGUGAUAGAUGAUCUUGUUAAAAAACAAGAAGAAUACAACACAGAACCCAAACUUGAUGUUGCUGCUGUCCAGCUUUCGGAUGGAAAAGAUACAAUAAAGGAUGUUUCAGGAGAGCAGAAAUUAAUUGAUUGGGAUAAAGUCCGAGAAAACAUUUUGAAAUGGAAUGAGAAAAAGUGGGCAGUUAAGCAGUGCCCAUCACUGUGUGACUGCGGCGGUCUGCCUGUCCAGUGCUAUCUCAACACGAGUGUUAGAAGGAAGGAAAAUUAUAACAUAAUUUGUGAUGAUUUGAAAGAUGGUGAGAAACGUCCUCUUCCUAACCCUACUUGUAAUUUUGAGGAUGCAUUUCACUGUUACCCUGAAGUUAUGAGAAAUCUUCAAAAGGCAGGUUUUCAAAAGCCAACACCAAUUCAGUCACAGGCAUGGCCAAUCAUCCUACAAGGAAUAGAUCUGAUAGGAGUAGCCCAGACUGGAACAGGGAAGACAUUGUCCUACUUAAUGCCUGGAUUUAUUCAUAUUGACUCCCAAUCUGUAGCCAGGAAUGGGCCUGGCAUGUUAGUCCUCACCCCAACUCUCGAGUUGGCUCUGCAGGUGGAUGCCGAGUGCUCUGAAUACUCAUACAGAGGUCUUAAAAGUGUUUGUAUAUAUGGUGGUGGCGAUAGAGAUGGACAAAUAAAAGAUUUAUUGAAAGGUGUAGACAUUAUCAUCGCCACUCCCGGAAGACUCCAUGAUCUACAGAUGAAUAACUUUGUGUACCUGAAAAGCAUAACCUACCUGGUAUUAGAUGAAGCUGACAAAAUGCUGGAUAUGGGAUUUGAACCCCAGAUAAUGAAGAUUUUAUUAGAUGUACGCCCAGACAGGCAGACAGUUAUGACAAGUGCAACAUGGCCAUAUGCUGUCCGUAGACUUGCACAAUCUUACUUGAAAGAGCCCAUGAUUGUGUAUAUUGGUACUUUGGAUCUAGUCGCUGUAAGUACCGUGACACAAAAUAUAAUUGUCACCACAGAAGAUGAGAAAAGAUCACAUAUCCAAGCUUUCAUCGAGAGCAUGUCUCCCAAGGACAAAGUCAUAAUAUUUGUCAGCCGGAAAGCUGUGGCUGAUCAUUUAUCAAGUGACCUGGGUAUCCGGCGUAUAUCAGUAGAGUCUCUGCAUGGCAAUAGAGAACAGAGUGAUAGAGAGAGAGCAUUAAAAAGCUUUAAAACAGGUAAAGUGCGAAUACUGAUCGCUACUGAUUUAGCAUCUCGUGGUCUUGAUGUCCAUGAUGUAACGCAUGUCUAUAAUUAUGAUUUUCCCUGAAACAUCGAAGAAUAUGUCCAUCGAGUGGGACGUACUGGGAGAGCAGGGAGGACCGGGGUAUCUAUUGCCCUUAUCACUAGAAAUGAUUGGAAGAUUGCUGGUGAAUUAAUUAAUAUUCUGGAAAGAGCAAAUCAGAGUGUCCCAGAGGAUCUUGUCUCAAUGGCUGAGAGAUACAAAGCAAAUAAACUGAAAAAAGAAACAGAAAACAAAUGGGGAAAACCCAGGAAGUUUUAUCGUUAAUGUCUGUGUAGAAAAAUGGUACCAGCCUACUAAAAAAGAGUUCAAGAUUUUUCAGAGUUACAGUUAUUUGAUGUACUGUGCAAGUAUUGGAAGCAUGCUGGCAGUAUGAAGAGAUACCUGAAUCUUAAAAUAAUAGUGUUUGAAAUGUAGAAUAUUUUAUACUUUCCUUAAUGAAGCAAAAAGUAUUUAAACUUGAGUUGAAAUUUUUUAUGGAUAUUAAAGAAUGUAGCAUUAAAGUUUCACUUUUUAGUAUCUUUAUUUAAAAAAAAAUAAAGGUAAAUUUUGUCUCCUAUAAUGUUGCUAUGUGAAGGUCCAUCUAAGGGGUUUAUUUAAAUCUUGUUCAGAAGUUGUCAUAGCAGUGAAAAUGUUAACACAAUAAAUGU